GUUGGUUCUCCCACUUGUUGCUAUUCCAAAUUAUGAUGCAAAAGCAUCUUUGGCCCUAACUCAGGUCAAUGGUUUUAAAUCCUCUCUGUCCAGGAAAUCUGUCUCUUCUUUUCAAGAAAGGGAUUACCUUUUGAAGGCAAGAUCACCAAAUGUGCAUUUAGCAUCCUUGUCUGCUUUGCAGAUGAGGCAUUUGAUACCCUGGGAUUAUUGGAGGCUGAAUGAGGGAUUUAGAUAAAGGUUGGGUCUUUUUGCAAAGUUGCAAGCGCUUUUGCUCCCCAUUGAAGCCGGGUGGGUUGCGGGUGCGGAUCCUGGGAAUGGUCCCCAAAAUCAGGCUGCAUUGCUCUAAUCCGGUUUUGCUCACCCCAGAGACACCAGAACUUUUGAAAUCCACCAUUUUCUAUCUUUUGGGAAUGCAGUUUUCCAGCAGGAAAGUUAAAGCAUUAAGUGCCAUUGCUCCCACAAGGUUUGCAUAUUAGGCAAAACGGAUCAGAAAAACACACACACAAUUGAAAGAAACACACAGACAGACAAAUCUGUGCUGAUUUGGAUAAAAUCAUGGAAUUGUACAGUUGGCAGAGAACGUAAGUGUCAUACAGUCCUUUCUGCCACGCAGGAAUACAGAGGACCCUAGAGUCAGAAGGGACCCUAAGGGCUAUACAGUCCGACCCACCUUCCGCCAUGCAGAAAUAUAUAGGUUCCUAGAGGACAUACAUAGAUAGGAAUACAUAGAUCCUAAGACACCCAUCCAAACUCCAAAGAUGGAGACCCAACUGCCCUCCGAAGUACUCCAUAUCCCAUAUUCCACCCUCAAACAGUUCUUACAACCAAAGCUUUUAAGAGAAGAACAACUGUGGGAUCUGUUCUGCCAUAGAGAGGCACAUUUGCCCAAUAACACACAAUGUCCUGGCAAUGGAAAUAUCUGGGCCUUUUUUUGAGGGGUUUUUUCUUUCACCUAAUCCUCUGGCUUCCCCUUCCUUUCUGCCAAGGCCUUGCCCCACCGAGUGCCACCUUAAUCCCACUUAAUGCCUUAAUGAACGUGGCAUUGAGGGAUGCCAGCUCCCCUCCCGGACCCAUGCUUGCAAAAAGGGUUAUGCAACUGAUGGGGAGGGAAGCCAAAUGGGGGAUUAUGGGUUGCCCAAUACCAGGGCGAAAGAGGUAUAAAUCAGGGCGUCUCCAAGUCUCUGGAGUCCAUUCUCUUUGUGCCUUUUGGGAGCGAGGAAGAUGGCCGUCCCACUGGUCAGCCUUGGCAUGGCUCUGCUUUGGGCGCUUUGUGCUCAGGCCAAGGUCGCGGUGCAACCAGAUUUCGACCUUGAGAAGUUUUCAGGGACCUGGCAUGUGAUGGCGGGGGCCUCCGACUGCGCCAUCUUCCAGAGCAUGAAGGACAUCAUGACCACCUCCGCCGCCAUCAUCCAACCCCUUCCCAACGGAGACAUGCAAUUCCAGACCGGAUAUCCUCUACCUGAAGAAUGCAAGAAAAUAGAGAUGCAUUUUAAGAAGACGGAGCAGCCGGGACGCUUCACAAACGACGAGCAUGGCAAGAAAGACCUUCGCGUGAUGGAGACGGACUACGUAUCUUUUGCCGUCCUUUACGUCUGGAAGGAGGCCGAAGGGGAGCCCAGCAGCUCCACCGUCCAGCUGCUCACCCGAACUCCAGAAGUGACUCCGGAGAUGGUGGAGAGGUUCAAGGUGCAUUAUCACAGCGUUGGGCUCCCCGAUGACAUGAUGGUCAUGCUCCCCAAAUCUGAUGUAUGUUUCAAGGCUCUCAGUGGCUGAAGAGGGCCAAUGCUUCUUCCCAAACUUGUUCCUGGCAGACGCUCCUUGGAUCCAGAAACCAAGACCAGCACCAGCCAUUCCUCCUUUGCCUUUCCUGCAAGCUGGGAACAUCCUCACACCAUCCCUUUCCUGCUGAAUAAUAAUAAUCGUCAUAAUAAAGUUUGAUAUA